UUCUUGAUGUUUAUACGAAAAAUAUAAAAUUUGUAAGCAAAAUUAGACAUGUGUUCAAAAAGAAAUAAAGAAAUAUAAAAAGAAAAAGGAAAAAAGAAGAAAGAAACAAAUAAAACCAAAGAAAAAAGAAAAAAGAAGCAAAACAGUGAAAUAAUGAAUAAGAAAAUCACAGAAAAAAACUUCUACGCAGCUACAGUAUUACCGGCCCAGUAGCUCCACGCUGUAGCUAGACCUAUUAUGCCCGCGGCGAGAAAAAUCCGAGAGCCGUCCAAACCCAUGAAAGAUGAGGCAUGUUGGAGAGAGAGAGAGAUGGCACCCCUCCGUCGUCUACAUGGGAGAAGAAGAGGAGCAUGUCCGUGGAAGCUUCACGUUCUAACAUUAGUUAUCUACUUUUCUAUUCUAGGCAUCUGCGGGAGGCUGAAAAAGGAGGCACCAUGUUAGCUUCUCCCUUUUUCUUCCUAUCCUAUGGCUCUCUGCUAUCCAACCACUCGUUCGCUUCCCCACAGUUCUUGGGGUUCGCCGCGGAGCUGGGAGCAAUGCAUGCGGAGUGAAUAGUUUUCGGGUGCUGGAGGAAGGAAGACAGGAAGAACGAAGAUCAAAGCCUUCCAAAAAGAAUUUUUCAUCGCAAAGGUUGGUGACGAUCCGUUGGGGGGUAUUUUUUCCGCAAGUGUAAUAGUUCCACCAGUUUUGGUCCUAUUCUUCUUGAUGCAUAUACUGCAAACAUAGUGCUGAAUUUGAUCAGAGAGCUUGGUGCUAAUUAGUCCUAGAGAUUCAAGAUCAUGGUUGGACUGUCUUUAUUCUAGGUCUCAAUAACUGCCGAAUUGGUGCAAAAAUUAAUUUAGCACGAGAGUGAAACUAAAUUUGGAAGACAAUGUCUAGCGUUGGUGUUCUUGUCUCUGAUCCAUGGCUCCAGAACCAGUUCACCCAAGUGCAGCUCCGAACGCUCCGAACAAAAUUCACUUCCGCAAAGAGAUCGGAUGCCGAGCAGGUAACUAUAAAAGAUUUGCCGCCGGUAAUGGAGAAGCUUAGGGGCAUUCAAGAGGUUCUGACUGAGGAGGAGAUCACAAAUUUUUUGAGCGAGUCUUACCCCGAUAUGGACCAGUCAAUCGAAUUUGAGCCAUUCCUUAGGGAGUACUUAAAUCUUCAAGCAAAGGGAGCCAGCAAAUCAGGAGGCAAAAAGAAAUUGAAGGGAUCAGUGUCAUUUUUGAAGGCGUCCACCACUACUCUCUUGCACGUCAUUAAUGAAUCUGAAAAAACUUCUUAUGUCAAUCAUAUCAAUAAAUUUCUCGGGGAGGACCCUUUCCUGAAGAAUUUCUUGCCAUUGAAUCCAGCAUCAAACGAUAUAUUUAAUCUUAUUGGGGAUGGUGUUCUACUUUGCAAGUUGAUCAAUGUUGCUGUUCCCGGCACAAUAGACGAGAGAGCAAUCAAUACAAAGAAGGAACCGAAUCCAUGGGAGAGGAAUGAGAACCACACUCUUUGUCUCAACUCUGCCAAGGCCAUUGGUUGUACUGUUGUUAACAUUGGGACACAGGAUCUGAUUGAAGCUAGACCUCAUCUAGUUCUUGGUUUGCUAUCCCAAAUCAUAAAGAUACAACUCUUAGCAGAUUUGAAUCUGAGGAAUACACCUCAGUUGUUGGAGUUGGUGGCUGGUGAUAACAGCAAGGAAGCAGAGGAGCUUGUCACCUUAGCACCAGACAAGAUGUUGCUCAAAUGGAUGAACUUUCAUAUCAAGAAAGCAGGGUACAAAAAAACUGUAACAAAUUUCUCUACUGAUGUUAAGGAUGGUGAAGCGUAUGCUUACCUUCUCAGCGCCCUUGCUCCCGAGCAUAGCUCAACGACCAUGAUAGAAACUACAGAUCCUAAAGAAAGGGCAAAGAAAGUACUUGAAACCGCCGAAAAGCUUGAUUGUACAAGAUAUGUAACAUCUAAAGAUAUUAAUGAGGGUUCAGCAAAUCUCAACUUGGCAUUUGUCGCACAAAUAUUCCAGCAAAGAAAUGGUCUAUCAUCGAACAAGGUGGCUCCUGUCGUCCAAGAUACCCCUGAUGAUGUUGAAGCAUCGAGGGAAGGGAGAGCAUUUCGCUUGUGGAUCAACAGUCUUGGAAUUGCAACUUACGUGAACAAUUUAUUUGAGGAUGUUAGGACUGGAUGGGUUCUUCUAGAAGUGCUUGACAAAAUUUCUCCAGGAUCAGUUAUCUGGAAACAAGCAUCGAAACCUCCAAUUAUCAUGCCGUUUAGGAAGGUUGAGAACUGCAAUCAGUAUUUGAUUUCAAAUAAUACCCUGUCAGCUUUCCUGUGGCAACUCAUGAGGACCAGCAUCCUACAGCUGCUAAAGAACUUGAGAUCCCACUCUAAAGACAAAGAAAUUACAGAUGCUGACAUUCUGAUCUGGGCGAAUAAUAAGGUCAAGGAAUCAGGAAAAACAUCUCACAUCGAAAACUUCAAGGAUAAGAGCUUAUCAGACGGGAUGUUCUUCCUGGAUCUUCUAAGCGCUGUGCAAAGUAGAGUUGUUGACUGGAAUAUGGUGAAGAAGGGGGAGGAUGAUGAUGAGAAGAAGAUGAAUGCAACAUACAUCAUAACUGUUGCUAGGAAACUUGGGUGCACCGUGUUCUGGUUGCCAGAGGACAUAAUGGAGGUAAAUCCCAAGAUGAUCCUCACUCUUACUGCAAGCAUCAUGUACUGGAGUCUGCAGAAGCAUGGACCUUACGAAGGCCCCGGGCCAACAGGAUCCGCAGCGUCACAAGAAGCUCUCCCAGAAGAGGAGGAGGAGGAGGUGGUGGAGGUGGAGGAGGAGGAAGAAGAAGAAUUAGAAGCAGAAGCAGAGGCAGAGGCGGAAGCAGAAGCAGAGGCAGAGGCAGAUGCAGAAGCAGAAGCAGAGGCAGAAGCAGAAGCAGAAAAAGGAGGAGAAGAAAGCCUUGAAGAUGGUGCCUAAAAUAAGAUCCGACCUGACCACAUCAGGCAGGGGGUGGUUUCAGUACGGGAGGGAUAGCAAACGGCAGAGCAGGAAGUUAGUUUUGAUCUACUCUUUGCAUGCAAAUGCGCAGCGAUGAGCUUCUACUCUUAUACUUGUACUAGAUAAACAAAGGUCCUGCGCCGAUUAAAGCUUGUGUAAGAUACUCCAGUUUAUAUGCGUUUUCCGUCGUUCUUCUCUGCAGUGCGUUCCUAUGCUUGGUUCGUUGUGCCU